AUGGAGCUUUGUAACUGCAUCGAGCCACCGUGGCCGGCCGACGAGCUACUGAUGAAGUACCAAUACAUAUCCGAUUUCUUCAUAGCACUUGCUUACUUCUCGAUCCCCCUCGAACUAAUCUACUUUGUAAAGAAAUCUGCCGUGUUCCCUUACCGGUGGGUCCUUGUCCAGUUCGGCGCCUUCAUUGUCCUCUGUGGGGCCACUCACCUAAUCAACCUCUGGACCUUCACCAUGCACACCAGAACUGUGGCCGUAGUCAUGACAACGGCCAAGAUCCUGACAGCUGUCGUCUCGUGCGCGACUGCCCUCAUGCUCGUUCACAUAAUACCCGAUUUACUGAGCGUAAAAACUCGGGAGCUCUUUUUGAAAAAUAAAGCGGCCGAGCUGGAUCGGGAAAUGGGCCUGAUCCGAACCCAGGAGGAAACAGGGCGGCACGUUCGGAUGCUAACGCACGAGAUUAGAAGCACUCUCGACAGGCAUACUAUUCUGAAAACUACGCUGGUCGAGCUCGGGCGGACGUUGGGCCUGGAAGAGUGUGCCCUGUGGAUGCCGACCCGAACUGGGCUGGAGCUCCAGCUGUCUUACACGCUCCGGCACCAGAACCCAGUUGGGUUCACGGUGCCCAUACAGCUGCCGGUGAUCAACGAGGUGUUCAACACGAGCCGGGCUGUGAAGAUAUCCCCAAGCUCUGCCGUGGCCAGGCUGAGGCCCGUCGGAAAGUACAUGCCGGGGGAAGUGGUGGCCGUGCGGGUACCACUCCUUCACCUUUCGAACUUUCAGAUCCAUGACUGGCCUGAGCUCUCGACCAAGAGGUACGCGCUCAUGGUGCUGAUGCUGCCCUCGGAUAGCGCCAGGCAGUGGCACAUGCACGAGCUGGAGCUUGUUGAGGUGGUGGCAGAUCAGGUUGCUGUUGCACUUUCGCAUGCUGCUAUUCUGGAGGAGUCGAUGAGAGCUCGGGACCUCCUAAUGGAGCAGAAUGUGGCACUCGACCUGGCGAGACGAGAGGCUGAGACAGCCGUGCGGGCCCGCAACGAUUUCUUGGCGGUUAUGAACCACGAGAUGCGCACCCCAAUGCACGCAAUAAUUGCCCUCUCAUCCUUGCUUCAGGAGACGGAGCUCAUGCCCGAGCAACGUCUAAUGGUCGAGACAAUUCUCAAGAGCAGCAACCUCUUGGCCACCCUUAUUAAUGAUGUCUUGGAUCUCUCCAGGCUCGAGGACGGUAGUCUUCAGCUCGAGAUUUCACCUUUUGACCUUCAUACGCUCUUCAAGGAGGCACUCAACUUGAUAAAGCCUAUUGCCUCUGUGAAAAAGCUCUAUGUUACGCUGAGCAUGUCCCCCGAGUUGCCAGAGUAUGCCGUUGGCGAUGAAAAGCGGCUAAUGCAAGUUCUCCUAAACGUUGUUGGUAAUGCUGUCAAGUUCACGAAAGAGGGUGGCAUCACGAUAACUGCCUUUGUGGCAAAAUCAGACUCCCUAAGAGAUCCUCGGGCCCCCGACUUUUUUCCAAUCCCAAGUGAUAAUCAUUUCUAUCUACGCAUAGAGGUGAAAGACACCGGCUUGGGAGUCAACCCGCAAGAUAUUCCUAAGCUUUUCACGAAAUUCGUGCAGUCUCAGCCUCUUGCUGCCAAGAACUCUGGUGGUAGUGGCCUAGGCCUUGCGAUAUGUAAGAGGUUCAUAAAUCUCAUGGAAGGCCACAUUUGGCUCGAGAGUGAAGGCCUCGGCAGGGGCACCACUGCAAUCUUUAUUGUUAAACUCGGUUAUCCCGGACGCUCGAACGAAUCCAAGUUACCUCUUCUGCCCAAAGUUCCACGAUAUCAGGCAGUCAACCCAAAUUUUUCGGGCCUAAAAGUUGUCGUGAUGGACGACAACAUGUUAAACUAA